AUGUUGGCCAGUCCGUGUAAGCGGCCAUCUAUCUCUGCACUGCUACCGCGCAUCAUACACUCCCAAUCCCGCCGCACCCUCUCCUCCUCCGCCCUCCGCACACAGCUAGACCAACUACCCCAACGCCGCCUCCCGCUCUUCUACGACUAUCUCACCCCACAGCAAUCACAUCUCCUCAAUCUCUCCCUCACGGGCUUUGUCCCUACCACAGCAACCGCUAACAAUGCCCAACUACCACCAACAAGCGCGACUACUACAACAUCUACCCUCCCAUCCUCAGCCCUGAACCCCCCGCCUAUGCCUGCCGGUCACCACCUAGUCUACUUCCCACCGCAGGUCCCCACCUCCCAGCUCCUACCUGAUGGCACGGAUAUAUUACAUUACCCAGGCCCGCCAUUUAACCGGCGGAUGUGGGCCGGGGGCUGGGUGCGGUGGCGGUCCAACAACAACAACAAUAAUAAUAUUAAUAAUAAUAAUAAUAAUGUUAAUGAUCAUAAUGCCGCAAAGGCUCCAGGACACAAACCGCUGCUACUAGAUGGGCAACGUGCUGUGUGCAUGGAAGGGAUUAGAGAUGUGUCUGUGAAGGGCAGGGAAGGGGAGGAGAAGGUGUUUGUGAGUGUUGAGAGGCGGGUUGCCGUUGUUGGAGAGGGGGAGGAUGAGGCGGUGAUUAAGAGGAGAGUGUGGACGGAGGAUGAAGGGGAGUGGGGAGAUGCGGUUGUGGUUGAGCGGAGGAAUUUGGUAUUUAUGAGGGAUAGGGACGGGGUUGUGGACGGGGCUGGAAAGGACGGGGGGUUUAGGAAGGUUGUUAAGGCGCCAACAAACCCAGACUUCAGCCAUCUUCUCAUCCCGUCACGGUCCCUUCUAUUCCGCUUUUCAGCCCUCACUUUCAACGCGCACUCCAUCCACCUGGAUCCCAGCUACGCACGAGAUGUCGAGGGGUACCCGGACGUACUAGUCCACGGCCCGCUUACUCUCACUCUAAUACUUACGGCAUUCCAGAACCACAUAUCUGACAUCUCCGCUGGACAGGCGGUAAUUGGGAGCAUUGAGUAUCGGAAUCUGGCACCGUUGUUCGUGGAGCGGGAGAUGAGGAUAUGUGCUAAGCAGAAAGGUAACGGGGGGAGUGCUGGCGCUGGACCAUGGGAUAUAUGGGUUGAGGGGCCUGAAGGGGGAUUGACAGUUAAGGGAACUGUGCAUGCGAGACAGUUUUAUAUUGAAGGUUGCCCGCAAAAUGCCCAAGAGGCGUUUUCCACGGGAAGACGAAUCGAAGGCAAAUUCAAGCUCCCAGAGACGGCCGUGGGAAAGUUAAAUAAGAUGGAUGUUUUCUGGAGUGCACCGCCUGUGAUUAGGACGAUCACUGCGGCCGCAUUUAUUGAGUCUCUGCUCGUUUAUGGCGGUCUUCUCAGUCCAGUUAGGAUCUUUUACCACCAUUCCUUUAUUUUCAAGAUCUUUCCCGAGGUCUGGAGACUAGUCACCUCAUUUCUUCUGACAGACUCGGACCUGAACUUUAUCUUCGAUCUUUACUUUAUGUAUAAAUAUGGCAGCGGUCUGGAAAGAGACUCGCCACGCUUUUCUAUCCCUGGCGACUUUUUCACUUAUGUUGUUUUCGUAGGCACAGUGAUUCUGUUUACUGCAGGUGGCCUCGUAGGCGCCGGGAUUUUCACUCAAGCCCUAAUAAUCGCCUUCAUGUACACCCACGGCCAAGCCAACGCCGGCAAAAAGGAAAACUUUUAUGUCGUCCAAAUCCCCGUCGAGAUGCUCCCCUGGGCCACCCUGGCCCUUAGAUUGGUGAUUAGGGGCCCGCAUGCAGCAUGGACAGCAGCAUGCGGUCUCGUAGCCGCUCAUCUGUACGAGUUCCUCACCCGCAUCUACCCCACCUAUGGCCGUGGAAGACAGUUUAUAUGGACGCCCGUGUUUGUGAAGAGAUGGUUUGGGGCCCAUCACAUUAACCAGACUCAUCGCGCGUACGGUGUGGCAUACCACCCUGGUGAUAGGGAGACACGGGAGGCGGCGAAGGCGUCCGGGUCGGGGAGUGGUUGGUUCUCUAGCGAUUCUUGGAGUGGGAGGGGUGUCGGCCGGAGACUUGGGUGA